AUGACGGGCGGGGCAGAAGCGACGGGUGGGACGGGAGGAAUGGGAGGCGGGGACGGAUGGGACGACUGGAACGGGAGUGACGGGAGAGGCGGGGAGGCCGACCACGCGACGACGGCGAAGGAAGGAGCGGGGACGACGGGAGGGACGAGACCAACAGGCGUCGCGGGAGCGACGGGAAAGACGGGAGCGACGGGAGCUCCCGUCGCCCUCCCUCUCCGUUCGCCCUUCAACUCUCCGUUCGCCCUUACCCUCUCCGUUCGCCCCUCCCCUCUCCAUUCUCCCUUCCCCUCUCCGUUCGCCCUUCCUCUCUCCGUCGCGCUUCCCCUCUCCGUUCGCCCUUCCCCUCUCCGUUCGCCCUUCCCUCUCCGUUCGCCCCUCCCCUCUCCGUUCGCCCCUCCCCUCUCCGUUCUCCCUUCCCCCUCUCCGUUCGCCCCUCCCCUCUCCGUUCGCCCUUCCCCUCUCGGUUCGCCCUUCCCCUCUCCGUCCCGCUUCCCCUCUCCGUUCGCCCUUCCCCUCUCCGUUCGCCCUUCCCUCUCCGUUCGCCCCUCCCCUCUCCGUUCGCCCCUCCCUUCUCCGUUCUCCCUUCCCCUCUCCGUUCGCCCCUCCCCUCUCCGUUCGCCCUUCCCCUCUCCGUUCGCCCUUCCCCUCUCCGUUCGCCCUUCCUCUCUCCGUCGCGCUUCCCCUCUCCGUUCGCCCUUCCCCUCUCCGUUCGCCCUUCCCCUCUCCGUUCGCCCUUCCCUCUCCGUUCGCCAGUCCCCUCUCCGUCGCGCUUCCCCUCUCCGUUCGCCCUUCCCCUCUCCGUUCGCCCUUCCUCUCUCCGUUCGCCCUUCCUCUCUCUGUGGCGCUUCCUCUCCCGUCGCCCCUCUUCUCUCCCGUCGCCCCUCUUCUCUCCCGUCGCCCCUCUUCUCUCCCGUCAACCUUCCUCUCUCUCCUUACUACGUCGCUCUCGCUGUUCUCGCUCGAAGUACUACCGUGCCUGAUUAA